AUUCAUGUCAGUGGCCGUCAGUUGGUGCUCAGAUGCGCUGGUGUGCACAGUGACGUGUUAGUGAUGCGGUGUGACAGACUGACUGCUGUCCUGUUGCUGUUGGCGGUGCAGCGCGGCUGUGCGGCUGGUAGCAAGGGAUGCCGAUUCCCGGGUGCUCCUGCUCAUUCCUCAGUGUUCUUCUCGGAUGACUCGCUGGGGCCUGAGACUGUGGCCACGUACUCUUGUGAACGAGGCUUCGAGCUGCUUGGACCGGCGCGCCGAGUUUGUGGACGUGACGGUGUGUGGACGCCCGAGGGCAUCCCGUUCUGUGUUUUGAAUGUGGCAGCAGGAAAGGCUCCGAUGCAGAUCAGCUCGGAUCUGGGCGGAAUUCCGCAGAAGGCAAUCGACGGCAGCACCAGCUCGUUCUUCAAUGUGGACACUUGCACCCUGACCAGGGCAGAGCGCGUGCCGUGGUGGUACGUGAACUUACUGGAGCCGUACAUGGUACAGCUCGUCAGGCUGGACUUCGGGAGGAACCUUCCAGCAACAGUGUUGGUGAGAGUAGGCAAUAAUCGACCUGACCUGGGCACCAACCCUAUCUGUAAUCGUUUUACUGGUCAGCUGGAAGAGGGGAAACCACUGUUCUUGCCUUGCAAUCCACCGAUGCCUGGCGCCUUCGUCAGCAUUCACCUGGAAGCGGCCAACCUCAGUCAACUCUCCAUCUGUGAAGCUUUUGUCUAUACGGACCAGGCACUGCCAAUUGAACGCUGCCCUCAGUUCCGAGAUCAGCCACCAGGCAGCACAGCAACAUACAAUGGUAAAUGCUACAUUUUCUACAACCGACAACCGCUCACUUUUAAGGACUCCCUUGCCUUUUGUCGGAGUCGUGGUGGCACAUUAGUGGACGAGAGCAAUCCCGCACUGCAAGGCUUCAUCAGCUGGGAACUGUGGCGUAGACAUAGAAGUGAUUCAAACAGCCAAUACUGGAUGGGAGCUGUGCGAGAUCCACAGGACCGAAACAAUUGGAAAUGGUUGGGUGGGGAGGAUGUGACAGUUUCUUUCUGGAACUUACCUGGUGGAAAUGAAAAUUGUGCCCGCUAUGAUGGGUCAAAGGGCUGGCUUUGGUCAGACACCAACUGCAAUGCAAAACUGAACUUCAUUUGUCAGCACCAACCAAAAGCAUGUGGGAAACCUGAGCAGCCACCAAAUUCAACAAUGGUGGCCAAGAAUUUUAAUGUUGGUGCAGUGAUUGAUUACACAUGUGAUGAAGGCCACCUUCUUGUGGGCCCUGCAUCACGCACUUGCCUGCCUACUGGCUUCUACAAUGAGUUCCCACCUGUGUGCAAACGUAUCCAGUGUGGCUUCCCUGCUGAGAUACCCAAUGGACAGUAUCAGCUACUGAAUGGUACUGUUGGCUACAUGAGUCGAGUCAUUUAUUCUUGUGAUGUAGGGUAUGAACUAAUUGGAAGAGCACAGCUCAUGUGUGACAUUGAUGAGAGAUGGAAUGGACCACCACCUCGGUGUGAAGCUAUUGAAUGUGAUGACCCUCCCUCGAUACAAAAUGGGAAGUUCACAGUUAGCAACAACUUGACAGUCGUGGGAACAAUGGUUGAAUAUUUAUGUAACUCUCAGAACUACAAACUGAUUGGCUCCAACAAGAUUAUAUGCCUUCCCAGCGGAGAAUACGAUGAUAAUCCACCUGUAUGUAAAGAAGAGAGACAGACAGUAGCUGCAGUUCCAGUAUCACCUAGCAAACCCACACGACCACAGACACCUCCAAGCAAGGCUCAUGGCCUACCAGUUACACCUACUCGACCCAGCCUACCACCUGCUCGUCCUGGCCCGCAGAGCCCCCAUCAGGAGCAUCCUAGCAGGGAGAAACCUUCCAAGAGACCACCAGCAUCAACAGAUAGCAAAACAGCAGAGUCAGCCCAUAUACCCCAUACUGUGGCAGGGUCACAUCCACAAGACAAUGAGAUUCCUGACAGUGUCAAUGUGAGGAGUGAUCUCUCACCAGAUGUAAAUGUGGCACAUUCAGUGGAUGAAGAGCGACAUGAAGCAGGGGCCAGACUUAACCUAGGAGCCAUCAUAGCUUUGGGGGUGUUUGGUGGCUUUGUGUUCCUGGCAGCUGUCAUCACAACUAUAGUCAUCUUAAUAAGAAGUAGGAACCACAGUGCUAAACAUUACCGCCAUCGUGCUUCUCCAGACUGCAAUACGGUAGCGUCAUUUGACUCGUCAGGUUCAGAGAGUAGAGGAGGACUCAAUCGCUACUACCGUCGAGCCUGGGAGAACUUGCAUCAUGAGUCGGUAGCAGCUGGAAACAAGACCAAAGGCUCGAACCACUUACCUCUUAAGCGCAAGGAAACACUGGAUGAACCGGUGAGUGGAGGCUACCGCAAUGUUGGAGGCACAGAGCGUGAUGGGAGUGAACUGGUAGUCAGUGAUACCACUGCUGCCAUGUAUCUGCCCAAACCUUCAGCUGUAGCUGCCGCUGAGAAGAGAAGGCACCACCAUCACCAUCACCAUCAUUCCACUGGUGCUACACCAAAGGACACUGCAGGAGAUUGGAGGCAGCAGGGACGGAAGAAUAGGUACUGAAUUUAAGCUUAGCAUGAUUAUUAGACAAAGGUGCCUUGCUGAUGUUGGCUAGAAACACUCAAUAAGAGAAUUAAUAAAAUAUUCUCACAAUAAAAUCAUAAGUCAGAAUAUUGCUAUAGAAAAUUGCAUUGCUUGCUUAUGGUACAUCUCUCAGCCCAGAAGCUAUAACAUGCAAUUUUCAAACUGAGAUUCACAAACCUGGCAAAACAGUUCUGAGGCCAACCAGAAAUCCAGAGCAUAACAACAGAGUAUAUGAAUAACUUUGGGUUUUGGAAUACCCUGCAUCAAAUGCUGCAGGUUUUCCAGCACUGAAGAACCUACACCAUUCAAAGUAGCUUAUCUCUGAAAGUAAAAGUUAAAUUUAAACUUCAGCUGUGAAAGCAUAAGGACAAGAACAUACAGUAUCUGUUUUACAGAUUAUAUAUUCAUAUCGUCAUGAAGUAAGGUGAAGAUAAUUUACACUUAAUUAUAAAACACUUGGACAUUAAACAUAUACAAUUUACUUAACUAUUACUACAAAAGUAAGCAUUGAAAAAAUUUGGGUCCCAAACUUGUCAUGUGUAUAUUAGUUUGGAAUGUGUUUUUAAGACAGUAGGACCACAUGAAAGUAAUAUUCUUCUUGUGAUGUUUUGGAGCUUGUAUUCAUAUUGAAUCCAUUUUAUUCUGGUAUUUUAAGUGGCACAUGUCACAUCCAAAAUGUGUAGUCCCUGUAUUAUGCUGUACAUUUUUACCAGCUAAAUGGAAACUGGGAAGGUGGUAAAUUAAUUCUACCUGAUUUACCUGUAUGUUCAAAGUAACAUUUGAAUACAGUCACUGUUAUUAAAUUUGUUCAUGCAUGCAGGAAUUUUAGGUACUAAAACUUAAAUCUUUUUAAAUAUACAGUAACCAUCAUUAUGAAUAAUGGUAGAGAAAUUGCAUUGAUGGUUUUAGACUAUAAUUUUGUACAUUUAUUAUAAGGAUGAGGCAACAUAGUUGUUAUGUUUACAGUUCUGAAAAUAAUAUUAAAAAUUUGGAAAAAUUCAGGAUUUAAGUGAAUAUAUGCCACGGUUAUCAUGUCUUCAGGUACUACUUCAUAGGUGUAGAAAGGAGUGUUUAAGUAUAAAUGGCCUGCUUGGUCAGGAUGUUAAUUUAAUGCUAAAGUAGGUUCUUGGCAAAAUGAUUGAAAACUCGAAUCAACCACUGACAAGCAACAUCAAAUUAAAAUAAUUUUUUUCAUACAUUAAAACAGUUUCACCCUGUCUUGUGUAUUGUACAUUAAGAUAAAUUCACGCCAGAACAACUGAAGGCCUGGAUGAAAAGACCAGGUUAGUCUUCUUUAGUAAAUUUUUCAGAAGUAUUGAGGGCUUGUCUUUCUUGCUGCAUACUCAAAAACGAUGUAAGUUUAUUUUUCAUCUGAUUACAUGUACUGUCAGUGAACACACAUCAUUCUAGCACCAAUUUGUUGGAUGGUUUCUUCUUUGCAUAAAACCAAAGGAAAAAAUCACAGUAAAAAGAAGACCAACUUAAUUGUCAUGCUACACCCUUCUGGAUGCUAACAAAUUGGUACAUGUGCAGUGUGUUAAUGGUAUGAUUUAUUAAACAGAAAAGUCAUCCUUAAAUUUUAAAUAGGUUCAUUUGGAAACAAUAAUAAAAUAUAUUUAGUUCAGGUCACUUCCAUAAGUAUUUUAUUUCUUUAAUGCUUUAGGAAUAAAAAAUCAAAUCAAAAGCUACUACAUGAAUUCAUCUGCAUGUAUCAUCUCAUGAUACUGACAGAUACCAACCCAAGUAUUUACAUUAUAACUAAAUUGCAUGGUGAAUUAUUUAUCAAUAAACUUAUAAAAAGUGCUAUUUCAUAAACAAUUUUACUUCAAACUUUCAGGGAUGGAGAAAAGGCCUGUGUUGAACUUUACAUUGAGCAUGGUAUUUUCAUCUGAAUGUAAACUCACCUCAAAAUUAAUGAGCUAUCUAAUUGCACACUAUAAACUAUAUAGCAUGAAUGAAUCUUCUGAAUUUUUUGGGAUCUUCUGUUAUGGUGGAAAUACAAAACAAUGCAGGUACCAGUUAUGGCACAUUGUUACUUAUAAAUACUAAAUACAAAUUUUGUUCAUGGCAACUUCAUCUUCACUGAAUUAAACUUACCGGUGGUCGUCUUUUAGGUUGUCAUGCCAUGCAGUAUUUUGAAGGAACAUAUUAUCUCCAUCCUCAGGGUUGAUGUGAGGAGUGUUGGGAAUUGGAUAGUUUAUAUAGAGUUAUGAAAAGGAUCAGGCCAAGAGGAUUGGUCAGUCAGGAGUCAUGGGAUGAGGGAGGAAGAAAAAGCAGUGUCUAGGACAAAAGGAGAUGUGUUCAUUGCACCAGAGAAGUUUCAGUCUGGAGAAAGACAUACAGCUGAUCUUUUAAGGGGCCAGAGAGGAAGAUGGGAUUAAUAGGAAGAGGAACAACACUUCCUGUUCUUUUUCUCUCUUGGCCUAAUCUUCCUCUGGUGCUUUGAAAAAGGCACUUUGCUACUGGUCCAGAUGCAACUCCAUUACCUUCCUAAUACAUGGUUCUGAUUGGCCAGUCCCUUGGUCUGAUCUCUUCUCCUAACCAUUUAUAAAUUAUUCAUUUCCUAACACUCAUCUCUUCUGCCCUGAAGAUGGAGUCUGUAUGAUCCUCCAUAAAUGCUGACACACAGCCAUGGUGCAACAACCCAGAAGACUACCAUCCUCAUUCACAUCACUAUAAACAUCUCAGAUCAUACAUAAUCUAAACUUGAUUCAUAAGUUUGUUUUGGAAGUGGACAAUAGAACAUUUACUUUAAUUACUUUGUGUUUCUCAGACAAUACUCACAAGCUACGUAUACUUAAGCCACCUACUGGUACACAAACAUAUAUCCAAAACAUGUAUUAAAAUACUAUUUUGCCUUAAGAGUCAAAUGAAGUAUUGGAACUUGCACUUGUUAUGAGCAAAAUGGUAGUGACCUGCUGAUGGCCAAGAAGUAUAGGCAGUUUUUAUCUUCAAUAAAUAUUUAAGGAGAAAACAAGAAAUCUCAAUGUAGAGAGAGAGAAAUAGGCAUAAUGUUUGAAUCUUGCUCAAGGAAGGAUAUUUGUGUGUGAUACUUUAGUUGCAUUUCAUCAUAACUAUAAUAUCUCAUAGAUGAUUUAUUAUAAAAAUAAGGGUUAUAGCUGGAAAUAGCUGUCUUACUGCUUACAAUAUAUGAAAAUGGAAUAACAAUGUGUAACAUGACUAAGGAAUAAAGUGAAUUAGUCUGUGGGGCUAAAUUCAGUCAGACUGGA